AUGUGCCCAAAAUUGUUCUUAAUCUUCUCUCUAAUUUCUCUCGUUGCUGCAAGUCGCGCCGAAAAUCAGCUUUAUCGAGAUCUUCAAAAAGAAUAUUCAAAACUUGUGAGGCCGGUGAAAAAUGAUUCGGAAGCUGUACGAGUCGAGAUGAAAGUUUUUCUUCAACAAAUUGUUUCGGUUGACGGAAAAAAUCAGAUAAUCGAAUUGAAUGCUUGGCUUAAAUUUGUUUGGAUUGAUUAUCGUUUAUCGUGGAAUCCUACCAAAUAUGAAAAUAUCAAAAGCGUUCGAUUUGCGGGCGGAGAAAAUCAAAUUUGGAGACCCGAUAUUUUGCUUUAUAACAGUGCCAAUGAAGAUUUCGACGCCACUUUCAAAUCAAAUGAAGUUGUUUAUAAUACGGGGGAAGUGAAUUGGGUUCCACCCGGGAUUUUCAGGGCUAGUUGCAAGAUGGAUAUCACUUAUUUUCCAUUCGAUGAACAGAUUUGUUUUUUGAAAUUCGGUUCGUGGACUUAUAAUGGAAAUGCUUUGGAUCUACAGAUCCACAUGCCCGAUGAUGAGCCUGCUGAAAUGGAUCUUUCCACGUAUAUUCCAAGUGGCGAAUGGAAACUUUUAAGUGCUCCGGCUAUUCGUGAAGUUACAUGGAAUACUUGUUGUCCUGAGCCUUAUCCAACUGUCACAUUCUACAUGCAUAUGAGU